UUUACAAAAAAUGUUGUCACACAUUUUUUCUAUCUAUUUCUUAAUAAGUGCGAUAAAUUGUGAAUACUUUUUGAAUAGGGUCAAUCAUUAUGAGUAUUACAAGAAUAGGACGAGACCGUCUAAGGCUUUUACCAGUUUCUCAACGAAUUAUUUCAGUCAGAAUUCAGUGCAAACUUCAGGUAAAGCUGAAAAAGUGCUUUGUGGUACAAGAACAGUGGAUUUUAACCCGAGAAGAACUGGCAAGAUUGUUGGAGGCACUGAAACGCCUUAUGGAGCUUUUCCGUGGCAAGUUGAAAUCCAGAUGCUAGAUGUGGACAAGUUGACGUUCGAGCAUCACUGUGGCGGCGCUGUCAUCGCGGAGCGUCUAGUGCUCUCUGCUGCACAUUGCUUUGACAAACAACCUCUAAACCUGGAGCACAUACGUAUUGUGGUUGGAGAGCAUCGGCUGAAGAUCCAGGAUAAACACGAGCACCGGUUCUUAGCGGAGAAGGUGGUUAGACAUCCUGACUUCAGGAAAGAUGGUCCUCACAGCAACGACAUAGCAGUGAUCCUCGUCUCCCGCUCAGGGUCAGGAGUACAGUUCAACUCUCAUGUGCGUCCUAUAUGCUUGCCUGAUGAUGGAGUGACGGCUGGGAAGUGGUGCGCUGUCAGCGGAUGGGGGUAUCAGGCUGAGAACACAGAGAAUUUUGCACCAACGUUAAGAGCGGCGGCUGUCCCAGUUCUGGAUCUCACAACGUGCAGAAAGAAUCAAGUCCUCGGUGGAAGACAGCAGGCGAUUUUAGACUCUAUGAUUUGUGCAGGUAUCCUAUCAGGCGGUGUCGACGCCUGCCGAGGAGAUUCAGGAGGCCCUCUGGCCUGCAUGACAGCCAACAGAUGGCAACUGCACGGGGUGGUCUCUUGGGGGUCCGGCUGUGCCAGGAGGGCUCGCCCUGGGGUCUAUACGAGGGUAGCUUCGUAUGUCGACUGGAUUAGAAGAACGGCGGCUAGCUUGGGUCAUAAGAUUGGGUAUUAGAUGUUUUUUUAAGGAGAAUUAUCGAAAUUGGAUGAAACGUUGCCUGUAGCUGUCUCCAAGGUAUCUUUUGAUACCAUAAAAAUUUCAUGUCGACUGGUAAAAACGUACAUUUUCAAUGAACGAGUAAAAAGCGCCAAUCUAUACGUCAUACAGAAUGAGAUUAUCAGAUAUUAUUUGGAUCGUAAUCAAUCCAAAAAUUGCUACAAAAUGGACUGACUUGUUUUCAGGUUUUAUUGUUAAUUUAUUUACGUUUGUAUCACAAUAUUAAAAUGAUGUUUUCUAAUUUAUUAAGUGUUGUUUUGAUGAAAAGAAUAUAUAUUUAGGCUUCAUAACUAUUUGUGCCCUACACAGUAGAUAAAUAAUAUUGAACAUAAAAUCCAUUAUAUAAAUAAAAACUGUUAUGAAGCAUAAGUCACUUAAAAAUAAAGAAUCUUUUCACAUCAUUCAUCAAAAUGAGCUUAGCAGUUCCAAUGAUAGAGAAUCAAACAUAGACCGCUAAAAUCAUACACCUCUUUAUUUCUGUCACGGUCGGCUAAAGACGUAAGACAAUGCACAUUUUUAAAUAGGUAUGCCCCAUUUAAUUAGCGCCCAAGCCAUUGUUACUAUAAUAAGGCUAAUUAUAUUCUAUUACCGUAUAUAAUAGUUACCAUAAUUUAAGUUUAAUGCCAAAGGUUAGUAAUUAUAUAAUAAUUCAUUGUAAUAGUUCGUAAGAAAUAAGGUAACU